CACACACACGCACAGACACACACACACCAUUAUAAAAGCCCUAACUUAUAACGCAAACCACAUACUUUCAGCAUCAGCAGACUCCGCGAAUCGGGCUUGCUGCAAAAGAUGUUACUCGACUGGUACCCCGAUUCUUACUAUUCGUGCCCAGACCAGCCUGUCAUUGCCUUGGGCCUCAAGCAGGUGUUCACGGCAUUCGUGAUGCUCGGGUGCGGCGCCCUGGCAAGUGGCGUUUUCCUGUGCCUGGAAAGAACUGUCUUUCAGUUUCAUUAUCACCAGCGAAGGAAAAGGGAUCAGGAACUAAGUAGAGGGACGCUUGCCCAGACGAAAUACCUUGAGUGUGAAAGUAAAAAUUACAGCCUCUGUGGAAACAAGAGGAGAAUAUUCCAGGUCAAUCAUGAACAAUAAAUAUUAUGUUAAUAAAUAUAAUGGAUACAUUUUCGAAUUCUACACGUAUGAAUUAAUGGACUGUUCAUACAUUUUUUUUUUUUUAACGGUAGGUUCAUGUUUGAGCCGCCA